AUGUUGUCCUUGCGUUUGCCACACGUCCUGACUUCUCUCCGUUUCCUGACCGAACUCGGAAGAGUGCAAAGUUCUUCCAGACAGAGUCGAGGGGGUCGAAAAGGGGAUGAUACCAUAAAAAAUAACCGAGAAGCGACAGGCAGGCUCUUGGGAACAUUUAGAGACGCCUCUUGCUCAAACUCUUUCCCCCACAGAAAUAAUCCAUUAGCUCGACGGAACCUCUCAACCCUCACCCCCCUGUCUCCCCCUCUUCCAUUUUCUAGUCUCCUGUCUUAG